AUGGUUUCAAUUGCAAUUUUCGGUUCAGGUGGUCAAGUUGGUCCAUCAAUCAUUAAAGCAGUCUCUGGUCCAAUCUUUAGUUCCAAAUUUUCAUCAAUCAAAGUAAUCACUUCCCAAGACAGAUCUGCUGACUCAACUGACAAAGUUACAUAUAUCAAAUCUGAUCUCGACAUUUCAUUAGCUGACGAAUUAAAAAGUACUGAUGUUAUAGUAUCUGUUCUUCCAGCCAAAGAAGAAGUCUUAUCUAAAUUGGAACCAAUCAUAGAAGCCAUCAAACCAAAAUUUUACAUUCCAAGUGAGUUUGGUUGUGAAAUUCCAAAAAUUCCAUCUGACGUCUUGUCACCUAUAUUGACAGCCAAAGUUGAUCAUAAUGCUCGUGUAGAAGCUAAAGGAAUUAAAGUUGUUAAAAUUAGUACUUCAUUCUUCAGAAUUCCUCCUGUUUUCUUAUAUGCUUUCACCGAUACUAUUGGAAUUUCACAAAAAGACGCUGUUGUUAAAGUUGUUGGAGAUUAUGAUUCAAAAUACGUUGAUUUUUCAACUGCUGAUGAUAUUGGUAAUGCCGUUGCCUCUAUUGCAUCUACCGAACCUUCUAAGGUUUUAGAUACCUACAGAAUCAGAUCAGGAAGAAUUUCUUUGAAAGAAGUUGUUGCCAAAAUUGAAGCUGAACAAGGUAAGAAAUAUGAAAUCAAACAAGUUGAACUCGAAGAUGAAAAAGCUGAAUUACAAAAAAAUCUUUUCAACUUCCCUCAAGCUUUAUUUGUAUAUUUCAGUCUCGGUGAAGACAAGGGUAUUGUUUUCUCUGGUGAUGAAAAUGAAUUGAUCAAUCCUGGUCAAUCAUUAUGGAAAUACAAUACUUGGUAG